AUUGAUAGCUCUUUGACAAAGGUCGUCGUGUGUCGAAAGCAUGCUGUGCCAAACCUUACUGUUGCUCGGUUCCGCAGUCUGCGGCCUCGCCCGUUCGGUACCACACAGGAUCGCGCGGCAGGAACCGUCCACUACCGCAAGCGCCCCUGCCCAGUCGACAAUCUGUGGGGACAUCAUCGAAGCUGUGAACGAAGGCUAUCAACUCUUCGCGGCCAGCGAUGCCUACGAGUGUCUCACAAGCGUCCCAUUCAAUGGCGCAGUUGCAUCGCGGUUUAUCAAAUACUGGAACGAAACACUCCAGUUCCAGAGCACUCUAGCGUAUCUCAAGAGCCCUCCUGAAGGAUAUCAGCAGCCAGCGAUCGACUUCGUAACAGAACUUGGGAAGAUACAACAACGGGUUGAUGCAGGCGAAUACCAAAACCAGUAUGACUUCGAAGCAGACAUUCAGCUUCUCAUUUAUGCAAUGAAAGACGGUCAUGUCACGCUGACUGCCGGUGUAUUGGCUGCUUUCUCCUUUGCAAGCCCCUAUGAGGUUAUCUCUGCUUCAAUCGAUGGCAAACAACCGCCAAAGAUAUAUAUCACAGAUGACCUCCUUCCAGAGGUGGUAUCGGAGCCAUGGACACCUUCGCCGAUUGCCACAAUCAACGGAACGGAGGUCAACAGAUUUCUAACAACCUAUGCUUCGCUCAACUCGUGGGGCUAUGUUGAGCCGCAUGCUGAAUGGAAUGACUUGAUGUCGCAUCCUACACUCGACAUCCAAGGCGGUCUCACCACGUUUUCCGGCUCAGGCACGUUCUACCCUGGGGGCAACCUUACCUUUGCUUUCGAGAAUGGCACGACUCUUGACACCAUCUGGGUCGCAGUCUAUAACGAACCUGCCAACACAACUGGGCCUCUGACCACAGGCGGCGACUUCUACAACUACUUCGUACUCGGUCUUUUACCGGCUUCCUAUGAGCCCACAGCAUCCGAAAGCUCGGGAGAUUCUGACACCGUUCAGGCUGCCCCCGGAAACUGGUCAGAGGCGAGUUACGGCGCUUUUCCUGAAAAGCCUGACAUCGUGCAAGACGAUCUUGGUGUAUACCACAGCGGCCUCGUCACCGGAUACUUCUACAAUGACAUCUCUACUGGUGUGUUGAGCCUGCCGAGUUUCGAUGCGAUCCCUGAGUCGAUAGGAGAUUGGGCAGAUGCUGUCACGUUCUUCAUCGGAAACGCUUCUCGCGCAGGUGUCAAAAAGGUUGUGAUCGAUCUUCAACGCAACUCUGGAGGUACUCCUUUCCUUGCCUACACAACCUUCAAAGCAUUCUUCCCAGACCUGACGCCUUUUGCUGGGAGUAGGCGACGCAGCUUCGACUUGGCCAAUGUACUAGGCUCAGCAACGACCGAGUGGUGGAACUCACUGAGUGAAGACAAUGAGACGGAGCGGUACAGCAAAUAUGAUGCCGCAGCUAACGAAUGGGUCAUCACUGACCGACUCAGUGCUGCCACUGGAAACAACUUCAGUAGCUGGCAGGAGUAUCAAGGACCAAUCGCUGCCAAAGACGAUACGUUCUCACUUGUCGAACGAUAUGACCUAGCAAAUCCAACUUUCGACACAGCAGCGUUCGACCAAUGGUACCCUGUGAUGUACCUACCUGACAAGUCCGAGUGGGCUUUUACGGAGCGUACAUUCAACCCUGAUCAGAUUGUCCUGCUUACUGACGGCCUUUGCGCGUCCGCAUGUUCGCUCUUUGUUGAGAUGAUGACCCAGGCAGGAGUCAAGACCGUCGUAGCCGGAGGUCGCCCAGCGACCGGCCCAAUGCAGGCUGCGAGCGGCAAUCGCGGCGCCAGGUCUUACGACACUUACACCCUGGACACUGAUAUGGCGACUGCCCGACAGCUCGACGAGCAGGUCAGCACAAACGUUAACGCAACGGUUCCUGAAGUGAGGGAACCUUCCAUCUUCAUCAAAUAUGCCCAGUUCAAUCUCCGCGAUCAAAUUAGGAAGGACGAGUCAACUCCGUUGCAAUUCAAGUACGAGGCCGCCGACUGCCGCAUAUACUACACUGUCGCAAACGUGUACAACAUGACGCGUCUCUGGCACGACGUCUCCGCUGCGGCCUUCCAAGACUCCUCUCUGUGUGUAGAGGGCUCGACAGGAUUCUCAAAGCUUAACAACACCAACCCCAACGCACCGCCAAACCCGGCCUCACAGACGCCAAUACUCAGUUUGAACACCUCUACAGUCGCGCAGGCGAAGUGGGACGAGGACCCGGACGACGGACUACACAGCGACGUUGGAAGAGUCGGUACAAGGGGCGCUACACCGUUUCCGCGCUGCAUAAAGACAAGUGGCGGUCUUGGGUGUCAAGAAGCAGGGUCGAUCUGCAAGAACAUAGAAGUGUACUGUUCGCGCGAAGGCAAGACUAUCCACGUCGACAGGUGUCUUCCAGGAUGUACGAAUAGGAAGGGAAGUACUACCUGCUUUGGGUCGUGUCAGCUCGACUUCCCUAGUGGGGAGACGAAGCCCAUUUUUCAGAAUGCGGCGGGGACCCAGUAUCGAGAGAAGCUUUCAUCCGGGUACUGUCAUCCUACGACGGGGACGAGGGCGCUGGGGUGCGCGUAUGAUCCUGUGGCUCCUAAAUUGUAGAGUAGCUGCGCGAGAUGAUGAUGAUGAUGCAGAAGAAAUCCAGUUGGUGACACUAAAUCCAGUUGGCGACACUGCAAGUCGGACUGGGGCAUCGAUAC